UCGCCGAUCACCUCGCCAGUCAACCCUGUUGAGCUGCCCAGUAUUGCCGACCAAGGUGGCGCACGGCUCGCCUUUGAUGCGGUCACGUUCCAUUACCCUUCACGCCCUGACCAGCCUGCUCUAAAAGAUAUUAAUUUUGUUGUUGAACCGGGUCAAACGGUGGCCAUUGUUGGUCCAUCGGGAGCGGGUAAAACCACUUUAUUUCAGCUGAUUUUGCGUUUGUACGAUACCCAAGAAGGUCAAAUUUUUUUGCAAGGGAUACCCUUAAAAUCAUUGGACUUAAAUCGUUUGCGUGAAAACAUGACGAUCGUACCGCAAGAACCCGUGAUUUUUUCAACCAACGCCCUAGAAAACAUUCGUUAUGGGCGACCUAGUGCCACAGAAGCUGAGGUAUUUGCUGCUGCCAAGGCUGCUAAUGCACAUGAAUUUAUUGAAAAACUUCCAGAAGGUUACCAAACUUUCUUAGGGGAGCGGGGCGUGCGUUUAUCGGGUGGUCAACGGCAACGUAUUGUGAUCGCGCGAGCAAUUUUAAAAAACCCGCCGCUUUUAUUGUUAGAUGAAGCCACCAGUGCGCUGGAUUCUGAAAGUGAACGUUUGGUGCAAGAAGCCCUUGAUAGUGCGAUGCGCAAUCGCACAACAUUAAACAUGAUGGAAAUUCACACCAUACAAGCAGCUAUUGAUGCUUUGCAAAAUAAAAAGAUCAGCGCGGUAGAGUUAGCACAAGUCUUUUUGGCGCGCAUGACUUCACCAAGAGGUCAAAAUUUAAAUGCUUUUUUGGCUAUUAAUGAAGAGGUUACAUUAAAUCAGGCUAAAAGUGCCGAUUUACGCCUUUCUCAAGGCUUAGCACCUCUUUUGACAGGUGUACCCAUUGCGCACAAAGAUGUUUUUGUGACACAAGAUUGGCCAACAACAGCGGCAUCAAAAAUUUUACAAGAUUAUCAAAGUCCUUUUGAUGCAACGGUGGUUGAAAAUGCUCAAGCGGCCGGUGUGGUUUGUCUGGGUAAAACCAAUAUGGAUGAGUUCGCCAUGGGCUCAACUAAUGAAAAUUCCGCUUUUGGCCCCUCAUUAAACCCAUGGAACACCCAAAAGGUCUCCGGUGGCUCAUCAGGAGGGUCGGCAAGUUGUGUGGCCGCUGGCCUUGCUUUAGCCGCAACCGGUACCGAUACGGGAGGCUCGAUUCGUCAGCCAGCCAGUCUUUGUGGAAUCACAGGGCUUAAACCCACUUAUGGCUUAGUGUCCCGUUAUGGCAUGAUUGCUUAUGCGUCGUCCCUAGAUCAAGCAGGCCCCAUGGCGCGUACCGCACAAGAUUGUGGCAUAUUGCUUAAUGCCCUAGCAGGGCACGAUAAUAAAGACGCAACGAGCAUUGCUCAUGCCAAGGAAGAUUACACGCGCUACUUGAGCCAACCUUGGCAAACGGAUAACCCUGUUCAAAUGCCCCUCAAAGGACUCAGAGUAGGGGUACCAAAAGAGUUUUUUGGAGAAGGGUUAGACGCAGGUGUUCAGCAGGUUAUUGAAAAUGCACUGCAAAAUAUUCAGGCUUUAGGGGCGAGUUGUGUGAGUGUCUCUUUGCCGAAAACAGAGUUGUCCAUUCCUGUCUAUUACGUUUUAGCCCCAGCAGAAGCCUCUUCAAACUUAUCACGUUACGACGGGGUGCGUUACGGUUUUCGAGCGGAUAUCGGUCCAAAAGGCAAUUUAAAUGACUUGUAUACCCAAACGCGUAGCCAAGGGUUUGGGGAAGAAGUUAAGCGGCGUAUUUUAACAGGAACCUAUGUGUUAUCACAUGGUUACUACGAUGCCUAUUACCUCCAAGCUCAAAAAAUCCGCCGCAUUAUUGCCGAGGAUUUUCAGCGGGCUUUUGAAGUCUGUGAUGUUUUGAUGGGGCCGGUUUCGCCCACUGUGGCCUGGGGAUUAGGUGAAAAAACCAGCGACCCAAUUUCGAUGUAUUUAGCCGAUAUUUACACACUUUCGGUUAACUUGGCCGGCUUGCCCGCUAUGAGUGUCCCUUGCGGCUUUAGCCAAGAUUUGCCGGUGGGCUUGCAACUGAUCGGCAAUUAUUUUUCAGAAAGUCGGCUACUCCAAGUAGCCCACACUUAUCAACAACAUAGCAACUGGCACCUACAACAAGCCAUGGCUUGGUAA